UAGCGCUUGGUGUCUACCUUGGAGCAGUUACUGCGGAGAGGAAGCGUUCAGCAUCCACCUCUAACGAUGGAGACGGCAGCGGUCUGUGAGCUUGACCUGGAGGACAGGAGAAUAGUGAGCGGCAGUGACUCCCCUGCUGAGCUGGACAGUCCCUGUAAGGUAAACCAUGGUGGCUCGUUGGAGGAGAAAUGUUCCUGAGUCUUGAAGCUGUUGGCAGGAAGAGGUGGCAGGGUUCCAUUUGGGUCUUUGUGGCCCUGAGGAGGAGCGGGGGGAGACUCCCGGGAGAGAGGACAGUCCCAGUGAGCUGGAUCCAGGAGAGACCAAGACUGGAGAGCAUAAAGCCUUUGGGAAGGAGGUGGUGCUCCUGAUGCAGGCGCUGAACUCUCUGGCCACUCCAGAGGAGAAGCUGGCUGCGCUGUGCAAGAAAUACGCAGACCUGCUGGAGGAGAGCCGCUGCAUGCAGAAACAGCUGAAGGCCCUGCAGAAAAAGCAGUCUCAGAUCGUCAAGGAGAAGGUCCACCUCCAAGGAGAGCACAGCAAAGCCAUCCUGGCCCGCAGCAAGCUGGAGAGCCUCUGCAGAGAGCUGCAGAGACACAACAAGACCCUGAAGGAGGAGAACGCCCAGAGGUCUAGGGAGUAUGAGGAGCAGAGAAAGGAGGCCAUGCUGCACUUCCAGGUGACUCUGGGGGACAUCGAGGUCCAGAUGGAGCAGCACAGCUCCCACACGGCCAAGCUGAGGCAGGAAAACAUGGACCUGGCCGACAAGCUCAAGAAGCUGAUCGAGCAGUACGAGCUCAGGGAGGAGCACAUAGACAAAGUCUUCAAACACAAGGAGCUGCAGCAGCAGCUGAUGGACGCCAAGCUGGUGAGGAUCACAGAGAUGAUGAGGGAGGUGGAGGACAAGCAGCAGCGCGAGAGAGACCUGCUGCUGAAGGACGCCACCGAGUCCAGACGGAAAUGUGAGGCUAUGAAAGAGCAGGAGGCUCAGCUCAAACAGCAGCUGUCCCUCUACAUGGACAAGUUUGAGGAGUUCCAGAGCACGCUGGCCAAGAGCAACGAGGUCUUCACCACCUUCAGGCAGGAGAUGGAGAAGAUGACCAAGAAGAUCAAGAAGCUGGAGAAGGAAACGACGCAGUGGAGGACCAAGUGGGAGAGCAACAACCAGGCCCUGCUGCAGAUGGCAGAGGAGAAAACUCUGCGUGAUGGCCACUUCAAGGCCCUGCAGGGGAAGCUGGAGCUGCUGCAGCGGCUCUGCAGAGCUCUGCAGAAGGAGAGGAACGACCUGAGCAACCAGCUCAGCCUCCUCCAGGAGCAGGGAGGCAAGGAGGAGGCACCACCCGGACCGGACCAGCAGGGGGAGCCCAUGGAGGAGGAAGAUUCUGAGGAGGAGGAGCUGCAGGCUGGGGGCCUUCAUCAGGGACCAGAGCAGAACGAUGCAGAUGGAGGCAACCAGCCUGCUGCUCUGUAGCUGAUGGAGCUUCUCCAGAACCGCCUUCUGGACCCGGUUCUGGACCUGUCCUUCAUAUCUUUUGGUUUUUAUUAUGAUUCACUCAAUAAAAUGAUUACAUCCAGAA